UUUCUCCUUGAUUCUCUCGUCCUCUCCUGCUGUGGGAGGAUUUGAAAUCGGUUCGUUCAUCAUGUCUCAGUUCUCUGGUUUAGUCCUGGUUUUUCUACGUGGACUCUUCAUCUGUGCUCUGCUGGGAUUAGAGAUCAGCUCUACCGGGACUCUGGCUAUCUCAGACCCGGCCAUUGUGUCAACAACAGAUCCAUGCUUGACAGUAAUUCCACCCUGCGUGAACGAAGCCGACCGCUUCAGCCUCGAGGCAUUACGGCACAUUCACAAGCAACUGGACGAUGACAAAGAUGGCGGCAUCGAAGUCAACGAGAGUGUGGAGUUUAUAAUAGAGGACAUGAAGCAGCAGCAGACGAACAAACACAGCAACCUGCACCGUGAGGACCAGCACAUCACUGUAGAGGAGCUGUGGAAGGGCUGGAAGACAUCUGAAGUUCAUAACUGGACAAUGGAUGAUGCAGUCCAAUGGCUAAAAGAAUCUGUGGAGCUUCCACAGUAUGAGACAAACUUCAGAGAGUUCAAAUUAGAUGGCAAUACGCUUCCUCGAAUAGCAGCCAAUGAACCUUCGUUUAUGUCGUUGCAACUAAAAAUAUUAGAUCAACGACAUAAACAGAAACUAAAUCUGAAAGCGCUGGAUGCCGUGCUCUUUGGACCCCCGCUACGACCACAGCAUAACUGGCUAAAGGACUUUGUCCUCAUGGUGUCCAUCAUUAUUGGAGUAGGAGGCUGCUGGUUCGCCUAUGUGCAGAACAAGUCAUCUAAGGUUCACAUCUCCCGCAUGAUGAAGGACCUGGAGAGCCUGCAGAGUGCUGAACUGAGCCUGAUGGAACUGCAGAGCAGACUGGAGAAAGCUCAGGAGGAGAAUCGAACAGUGGCAGUAGAGAAGCAGAACCUGGAGCAGAAGAUGCGAGAUGAGAUCAACGGUGCGAAGAAAGAAGCUCACCGGCUGCGAGAGCUUCGCGAGGGAGCCGAGUGUGAACUCAGUCGACUCAAAUAUGCAGAGGAGGAACUAGUGCAGGUGCGUAUGGCUCUUAAGCGAGCAGAGAAAGAGUUGCAGUCGGAGCGGUCAGUUCCUGAAGCUUUACAGAUGUGGCUGCAGCUCACACACGAGGUGGAGGUUCAGUACUACAACAUCAAAAAACAGAAUGCUGAGCAACAGCUUACAGUCGCCAAGGAAGAGGCGGAAAAGAUAAAAAAGAAGAGAAGUUCUGUGUUCGGUACUCUGCAUGUAGCUCACAGCUCAUCGCUGGAUGAGGUUGAUCACAAAAUACUUGAAGCCAAAAAGGCCCUAUCUGAGGUGACAGCAUGUCUUAGAGAGCGUCUUCACCGCUGGCAGCAAAUCGAGAGGUUGUGUGGUUUUCCUGUGGUGCAGAAUUCAGGUCUGCCGAACCUGAGUGCAUCCCUGUACUCGGAGCACAGCUGGGUGGUGAUGCCACGAGUCUCACUGCCACCCUACCCCAUUGCAGGGGGCGUGGACGAUCUUGAUGAGGACACACCUCCUAUUGUUACACAGUACAGUUCUCCGUUGGCACGUCCUCCUCUAAAGCGUAACAGCAGUCUGUGUCGAUCUCGGCGGAGUCUCCUUACCCCACAGGCCUCUCUGGUAUUGGCCGAUCCUGAUCUGCUGUCUAUGGCCUCAGCACCAGGUGCAUACAGAUCAGAGGCGGACGACGAACAUAUUUUCUUCAGCGUUGAAAUGAAAAGAGAUUCUCAGGAUACAUGUUCAGACUCUGACUCUGUGAGUUCCUCUUUGGGAAGAAAGCAGAUGACAAGCUCAUGUCCUCUAGAUGCAGAAACUCCUCAGCGGAAGAUCUCCCGUGAGGAAUUUCUUCUGUUAGCCCAGGAUUCACAAGCCACCACCCUGGACAUCUCAUCAUCUGUUAUGGCUUUUUCCUCCCCUGACACCACCUCAAUCCGCAAGGGCUCUCCUGACCUCACUCGCUCUGCCACUAUUCCGGAAUCCCAGAGUUUGACCUUUCAGCCCGGCACAAAAGUGGCAGCUUAUAAUGGCAUGCUAGAAAAGUCUUACAGCCUGGGCCAGCUGCCGGCUGGCGGGACCCCCCCAGAAGGACGCAACACUUCCAUAAGCUCUCUGGACGUAGAUGUGAAAAUGAGCAAAGAAGCCAGGCAGCUUGUUUCCUCCACCAGUCCUUCGGACUCUUGUGAAACCAGCGAGAAAAAGCGCUCAAAAAUUAAGAGCUUGUUCAAGAAGAGCAAAAAGCAAUGAAGGAGACAGUGAAUGAUAAGAAAGCUAGAUGGGAAAUAAAAAAGCCUUAAAAUGAAUAAAAACUAUGGACUUUCAACCUGAAGCCAAAAUAUUUAGGUGUUUCUUUUUAAAUGUUUAUUAAAACAGAAUGUAGCUCCGUCUAGGUGCUGUCCUGGGUUGGAAGCCUGUUUAGUUCUCUCAGACUUGCUAUGUUAUCCAUCAAAAGCAACAAAUGGUCAAAGAUCAAGGGUCAUUAUGGUCAUUCAAAAGAACAAGCUACUUUACUGGUAUAUCUAAGAAUAGAAACGCUUUACUUCUAGGUA